AACUUUAUCUCACAUUUCUUCCUCAUAGUGGAUUUCACAAUCAAAGAAUUGCUUUAGAGAAUGCAAUAUUUCUAUCUUGGUUCUUAGAUAGAACAUUAGUUAUGCCACCAUAUUUGCUUGGAAUAAGAAGACCAUUCCGCCGAUUGGAAAAAAAUUUGACAGAAUUGAGAUCAGAGCCAGCAGAAAUUGUUUGUAAAGAUUCCAAACCUAAAUAUGAAUCUAGUUGUAUUCGAUUUCAUGAUUCUUAUACAUUUUAUCAAUGGGAUAAUUUAUUCAAUUUUAGUAUUGUUGCAGAAUAUAAUAUUAAGAUUUUACCUGUAUCAGAUUACAGUGAUAAGAAAUUAUUUAACAUUUUAAAUAUAAAUGAUCCUUUGAAUCAAGUUUAUAAGUCAUUCAAAUAUCACACCAAUCAUUCAUUUUACGAUUCAGAUACUCUUGAUGCUAAAGUAUUAAAAAAAAAUCCACAUAAGGAUUUUGAGUCUUUACUGGCUCUUAGAAAUAACACAAAAAACUUUUUUAUUUUGGCAGUUUAUUUGGAACACAUAGAAUAA